AUGGAAUGUCUAAUUACAAUGGAAACUGAAAAAUCUAAUGAUAUACCAUUAUCAUCUCACUUUUUACCGGUAGCCAAAAUCUAUAAUAUUCAAAUCAAUAAUGAAAAUUUUAAAGUGUCAGGGAAAUUACUGAAUUUUGAUUCGCCAAAUUUAUUUACUAAUCAUUUCAAUAAUGAUCCAUCGACAGAUUUUAUUCAUGUCGAUAGAGAUGAAAGAUCAUUUAGAACAAUAUUGCGUUAUUGGCAAGGCUAUUGUCUGACCAUAGAAGACGAAUUAGAAUUUUUAAAUGUGUUUCUAGACGCUAUCCAUUAUAAAUUGUUAAAAUUGUCAGAUUCAUUGAAAAAAAUUGAUUACUAUUUUGUUAAUAUCGGUGGUAAAUCAUUCAAAAUACCAAAGCAUCUUUUCCAAAACCAAGGUGAUUCAAAUAACUAUUUCUACGUAUUAACUAACACUUAUUUUACUACAAUCGAAAGAAAUGGAAUUGGUAGAUUGAAAUCAAAUUCAUCUUUGCCGAUUUAUAUUGAAAGAUCAUCGGAAUAUUUCCAAGAUAUCUUAAACUUAUUAUAUGGUUACGAUUUGAAACUAUCUACAGAGAAAAGAAAAUCCCUACUCAAAGAAUGUAAGUUUUACAGAUUGUUAAAUUUGGAACAAAGAUUAAUUAAUUGUAUGACUAAUCUUAAUCCGAUGAUAAAUGACGAAAUUCAAGAAGAGAUCCUCAUAAAUUUGAAUGAUGUCGCCAUCCGUGGUCUGCAAUUGAAAAUAGAUGACGAUAGAAGCCAUGGUAUAAAAAAUGUGACUAAUAGGACCUCUUGUGAAGAUUACUCUUACGCAAAAGUUUGCACAACUCCUUCGUCUUCCUCUUCUUCCCCUACAAAUGAAAAUGAGCACAUCAAUAAAAGAUUCAAAGUUUCAAAGAAAAAAGAAAAUAUUACCUGGAAUAUUGUCAAGUAUAUGAGACCGUACAUAGACGCUUUCCCUAGAGAACUAAUCUUUCAAUUAAAUUCAAAUGAAAAUACUAUCAUUUUUAAUAAAGCUAAUAAAAUUAUCCACAUUGAUAUUGUAGGUUCUUCUUUGAUACAAUUUGAGGAAAAAUUUACGAAGCUUUUAAAAGGAAACAAUAUCGACUUGAAUAAAUUCAAAUACAAGAUUUCCAACUCAAAAGAUUCGACUACUAGAGAACAUCUGAUUUUACCCGCAUGCAUAAACAUCUCGGAUUUAAAAGUUAAUGAUAUUUCCUGUCGUAACAUUUGCCAAUUGAUCAAUGAUUCUGCUCUCAAUGAAAACGUUAUUGACGUUACAAAUAUUCAAAAUUUAAACUAUUCACCUGGUUUGAAAUUAUAUUUGAAAAAUUCUUGUUGGAAAUUAGGUGUCAAAAAUAAUGCGCUCAUUCUGAUUGCUAUUAAGAUAGAUUCAUUCUGUGGUGUCAAAGAAUACCAUAAAACUCUCGAUUUUAUAUAA